AUGGAUCGAAAGUAUCGCGAAGAGACGAUCCUUAUCCAUUCUAGCUAUCAGACGGAGACGGAGCAGACAACGAGCCAUGUCAUAACAGGCGUAGCCUUCGAAGUGGUGUCCGGGAACGGACUGAAUAGCGGAGUGCCGACGCAGACCACGCCGACCCUCACCCCGACCACUUUGCGGAACAUCGAGCAGAGUCUGACGGGAGCCCUGUUGGAAUUGCAGAACCUCCCCGAGCCCUCUCCCCAUUCCAGUCAGGCCGGCUUUGUGCCGCCACCGGUUCAGCCUGCGUCCCAGACGCUCUCGAAGACUGCCGGAGGUGAUAGUGUGAUUACAACCCUGGAUAGCAAGUCGUGGCAAGGAGGCAGUACACUGAUAGUGAAGUCAGAACCCACUUGUCGUCCAUCACCAAGCAUCACACCAAUAUCAUCCUCGUCUUGUUCCUCCCCACCUCCCACAAUGGCUCCUAUGCAAAAUAGCAAGGCUUCUAAAAAUACACCCAGGAAGACAGGAGGUCGCAAACCUACCAGAAAUGAGAAGCUGACGCCAGAAGAAGAAGCUCGGAGGCACAUGCGUCGAGAAAGGAAUAAACAAGCUGCUGCAAGAUGCAGAAAACGGCGCCUGGAUCAUACCAAUGCCCUUCUCAAGGAGACGGAGGGUCUUGAAGACAAGAAAAUGUGUUUGCAGAAUGAAAUCAAACUUCUACAGAGCCAAAAGGAGGAACUGGAAUUCCUUCUUCAGGCUCACCGAUCCAACUGCAAGCUGCUACGUAGAAAUGCCCGUUGCAAUGCAGAUGCAUCUGGAGACAAAGAAGGGAGGAAAGAGAACAAACCACUGGACUGUAGCACUGAGAAGCCUCAACGCCCAAAUUCUCUCCCAUUUCGCACAUCCAACAUGAAAAAUGUUACCGAGCUUGCUGGAGUCCCAAUUGUGACGCCCUCAUCUGGGAUGACAUUUACCUUUGACUCCUUUGUGGAGAGUGGAACUGGGUUAACUCCACUCACAACCACUGUUACCCCUCUAACCACCACAAUUACCUCGGAUUCCCUCAAUACUCCAUCAGAUGCCACUUGUGGUAACCAGCAGAGGUCUUCUGGCCCUGAAGUCACUAGCAUGGAGUCCAACCCACCAAAGCUUUGGCUGCCUUCUCUAAGCGCAAUCCGAAAAUCCGGCGAAAUCAAGCAAUUUUUGCUAAGCUUCACACAUUCCGCGUCCAUUGUGAACGACAGCGAUACUAAGGUGUGCCGAGAUUCCAGACAGGUUGGUGCCGACUGUGGCAACAAGAGUGCUGAGAUUUCCAACAUCCGACUCAACUUCACCUUUGACCCAGGCCCCCGGGAAAGAAAGACCAAGGACACUCUAAGUGUACGGUACAAGGAGGUAGGCCUAAUGGACUCGUCCGAGGCACAUGGGUUGCCCGUGGACACUUUCCACUUCCAUUGGAAAACUGAAGAGGGGAUUGAAGUUUCGAAGAACAUCCCCAUUCCUCGCCCUCUCUUCUCAAUGGCAGAAUGGGCUGCUCUCCUUGUGAAGGAAUACAAUCUUCCAGGUUACGUGCAGCCAAAACUGGAGUCUGCUUUGCUCAGACAAGCACAGGAUAUCUUGAAGCAGGAGAAGUGUGCUGAGGGUGAUGAGAUUCUUCAGAGCAACCUGGACAUCCAGAAGAUAGCAGAAAAAUGGCAGAGGGCUUAUGAGCAGGAAUGUGAGGAAUAUUCAAAACGAGAGAAAGCUACUGAUGAAGAAGUAUUUGCUGACAUUUAUCAUUCCCUCAUCCACUCGCGUGGCUCUCUUGCACUCUUACGAAGAGAGCAUUCCUGUGCCCAAGCCACUGCCCAACUCAUUCAGCGCAGGGAUAAGGAUCUGGAGCAGCUGUCAAGAAAACAGAGUGAUGAGAUGGAGGAAAUGAUGAGAGGAGAAGGGAAUGAUGAAGCAGAAGUGAAUGCCCUUGCUGAGAAGCAUCAUUUCACCCUGGAGAUGGCUCAGUCCCAAUGGGCCUCUCGUCUGUGUGCCCUGGAAGCUUCAGAACGGAAGGAAUUUGCUGCCUGGCUUGUUGCUGUACAUGAGAGCAUGCAUAUGGAGAAUGAGCAGACUGUGAAGAAGCUUUUUGAACAACUCUCAAAAGACUUUGACCCAGAGGAGGACUUAGAUGAUGAAAAGCACAAGGACAAGGGAAGUGAAGUGAGGCAGGAGAGUUUCACAGUUCAUCUUGGUGCCCAGAUGAAGCAGACUCAUAACCUUCGCAUUCUUGCAUCUGAUGCAUUAGCUCCAUGCAGACGUUACUAUAAAGUUGAGAGUGAAGGAGUUCCAGAUCCCAUUCGUAUGCAGACAGCCCUUAGCCUCUAUUCUAAUAGCCUUCAUGGCUUUGUUGUCCUUGUAGAUAAUAGAAUUUCCUCUUAUUCUGGCUGGAAGAAGGAGUUUGCAUCUAUUUGUGAGCAGAGUCCUGAGCUCCAUUUCCCUCUCCUGGAGGAACAGUUGGAAGCAGUUAGACAAGUUGUCAAGGAGAAUACCUCAUCAUCCAAUGGUCAUUGUCUGUCGGUGGGAGAUGUUUAUGUGACUCGCCAUUCCAACCUGUCUGAGGUGCAUGUUGUGUUUCAUCUGGUGGUGGAUGAGGGUGUAAUUGAGAUGUCCUCAAGGCAUCCAGUCAUCUUGGGCUUGAGAAACAUUCUCAAAGUUGCAAGUCUUUGUGAUAUCACCACUGUCACAGUCCCCCUCCUCCUGGCUCAUUCCAUUACAGAGGAAAUGACCAUUCCAUGGUGCAUGAAGCGAAGUGAGUUAGUGUUGAAGUGUCUCAAGGGCUUCCUGAUGGAAAUGGCAUCUUGGGGAGGUUCCCAUAUCUCCACUCUUCAGUUUGUUGUACCAAAGCUAUGCGGACAGAGUGUCGCAGAAAGACGCCAGUUCAGGCCUCUGGUGUUUCACAGCCUCCUCACUCACAGAGGUGGUGGAAUAAAAGAAGAACCAUCAGAUGCCCGUAUCCAAGCCAUGGCUUAUGGUAAGGCAUGGGAAUACACAUUGAUGGGUGACCCUCAAGGCAAGAAACUUGAGAGUUGUCUUGCUGGAUUUGAGGAGCAACCUGGGGGAGCCAAAACAAAGAUCCUUCAUUUUCUUCUUUUAUUAUCUCAGCCUGUCCCUGUGGACAAACACCUUCCCAUCCAGGCAAGGAAAUCUAUUGGGGAUCUAUAUCUCCUGUUCAAUCAGAUAUGUUUAAAUUUUGUCACAGCUCAUUCAAAUGAACAUAAAGCAACAGUAGAGAACCAAGAAGAACUUGUAUCAAGGGAGAGUGAAAAUCGUCUGUUGACUGAAUGCCCUGAUGUUGAAGUUCAUAGUCUGAGGGCUUUGGCAGUUCGUCCACUUUUGAUCUUGGCCUCUUCUCCUGCCCCUGUUACUGAAGUUUGUUUUACUUCAGAAGAACUUCUCCAGUAUUCCCUGGAUGCUCUCCAGGGGAUCCCCUCUUCACUCUUUUGCUUGAAUCAGACUGAAUGUGAGCUUCAUCUACUCGAUGGUGCCAGCUGUGCAGGAGUAACUGCUGAAACCCUGCAUCCUAUCUUGGAAGAUUUUGCUUCUACUGGAUCUUGUGUGAUUCGAUUGAGGGAGUCACCUGUUGAAGGUGUGCGACAAAUACUUCAGAUGCUGCUCCUACCUCUCAGUCAAGGAGCAUCUGAUGUCUCCUCCAUUCUUGACUUGCACGAGAGGACAGUGUAUUUGAGAAAGCAGAUUUUGUUCCUGUCACACUGUGUUCCAUCUUCAGAAUCUUUGUCAAUCAGCUUACUCUUACAAGUUUCAAAUGUGGCUUCACUCAAUGAGAACCUUAUCCUUGCUCAUCUCCUCUCUGUUGCCAUCUCCCCUCUUUCCAAAUGCAUGCAAGGCUGGGUGUUCCAAGGUAACCCAUCAGGACUGAUUGUGAAGGAUGAAUGUGGUGACAAAUCCUGGUUCCACAGCUUCUCAAUUGCUGAACCCUGGAGAGAAUCCAUUCCAGAGGAACUUCGUGACCAGGUUGUCCGCGUUGGCAGGGACCUGCUGCUGCUGCAUCUGGCUGGAUCUCAGGAACAAGGAAUUGAUAUGUGGAUGGAGGGUCAUCCACCCUUUGAUUUCUGUCGGAUGGAGGAGGAGUGCAGUGAGGUGAUGAGGAAGUGUGAAAGGUUUAGGAAGAAGUGUGAGGAAGCUCUAGAUGCAUUUGAGCAGGAUCUGAAAGAUCAGGCUGAAAAAUGCAAGGCCAUCCGCCUUCAAGAACGAGAGGCUCGCAGGAGGAUCAGACUCCAGCUUGCCCUAUCACAAAUUCGUGAAGCUCAGGAACAGAAGGAGAGGAGAAAUGCCCAAAAGAAGAGGUUGUGGGAAGAGCUGCAAGAACAAGCAGCAGAGAAGCAGAGAUUUCGGGAACAUGCUGCUUUUCUUGAGGAGGCAGAAUCUCUGCACAUCAAUGAGGUUCAGAGAAUGAUGGAGGAAAAGCAGAGGAAACGGGAAGCUCUUGUCAGAGAGGAACUGGAAAGACAUUACGAGAGGCUAAGCACUGAAGCUGUGGAACGACAACAGAAGGCAGAAUGGCGUCUGGCCCGCAUCACUGGUCAUACAAGAGGUUUACAGGACCAUCUUGCAGACUUGUCUACAUCAGAUGAAAAUGCAAACCCACGUGACCCGAGUGAAGUCAGUGUUGCUCCGCAGGCCAUCCAGAAGGACCAACUCAAUGCCAACAUUGCAUUGGAUGGUGUAGACUUGAAUGCCAAUCCUCCUCCAACUGUGGAUGAGAACCAGAACCAGUUCAGUCAAGUUGAUGGUGUCCAACAAGCCAAUGAAAGUGAACGAAUUCUUGUGCAUCAUGCAGUGCUGCUUGAAAGUCCUGAGAGAACCGAAAAGUCACCAUCCUCUGAGAAAAUGGUCACUGGGAAGUGCCCUGAGAAUCAGCCUUUAUCAACUCCAUGUGGUAGAAAGAAACCUCUUGUGGCUGAAUCCCUUAAAGAGAGCCUCAAGCGAUAUCGAGGAGGGCAGCAAGACAAAGAUCGUGUUGAUAGCGAUCCAUAUACCCCAUUCCCUUCUCAGUUCUUGAUUCCAGCUAUAGAGAGAGCAAAGGAGCAGAAUGAAAAGAAGAGGUUUAUCCUGAAGUUGCAAGAAGAUAGGAGAAUGCCUCAGAUGCCUCUGAAAAAUUUGUUCCUUCAGAGUCUCCAUCUUCCUCUUCAUACACAAGAGAGAUUGGUGAAUUGUGCUGUCUGGAUCCUCCUGAAGGAGAAGCUGCAUCUCCUUGAGCACUUAGAUGCUGUGCAGCAUUUUUUCUUCCUUCACGAUGAAGGUUAUGCGCGAUCCCUUGCUCUCCACUUCCUUGACUCGAUGGAGAGGGUGGAUGAGACACCACUGUCUACAUAUGAGUGUCACUUGGCACUGUCAUCUGCCAUUGAAUCUUCCUUCCCUGCUCGAUUGAAGGCACUUCAUCAGAUGUAUCUGGACUAUGAUGUGGGUUGGCCCCUGAAGAUCUUGUUUGAUGAGGGGAGCCUCCGAUCAUACAAUUCCAUCAUGGUUCUCUUGCUGCAAGUCAAAAUUUCUUCAUAUGCUCUCCAGAGAGUCUUCCUCUCACUCCGAAAAUCUGAUAUGAAAGGGAGUAAAACCCACAUGAUGAGGAGCCACAUGGUGCAUUUUGUCCAGUCUGUUGAAGAAUAUUUGCAUGGAAGGAUCUCGUUUCUCUGGAAGGAAUUCCAAGGACGUAUUAAGGACAUGGGGAAAUCUCAGUCACUGGAGGACCUCUAUCAGAUUCACUGGGACUUUCUUGCCAAGUCGCUUAGACUAUGUCUACUGGAUGGAGAGGAUGGGAACGGACAAUUGAGGAAGAGACUUGUGGAAGGCCUGGAGGCUGUGGUCUCUUUCUCGUCCCUGGCUUGUCAGUCUCUCGUUUCCCAUAGCCAAGCUGAGAGCAUCCAGGUUCUCUAUGACGUGUUCCUGUCACAUGUUCUCCCCCUCUUCCUCACAUUGAAGGAAGUAUGUGGAGGAGAGACGGCAGAGGAAUCGGGAAUUUUGUUGGCUCUUGAUCUCAGUGGCUUUUACACCCGGACCUGUGUCGGAAGGACUUAG